AUGUUCAGUACAUUCAUCAAAUAUCCAUGCGUAUGUGAAAUCAACGUAAUCUGGUAUGAUUUCUAACGUUCUCAGCCGUUCUUCAGCUAGCUCGAGGGCUGGUGCUAUCCGAUAGUACGAAAAGUCUUUAAAUUUCACAUCUUUAGGUAUCAAAACAGCUACUUUGAUUAGAAUAAUGUCGUUUGAGACGGUGAAUUUGAACUGAAAUGGCAGGAACUUUAUUUACAAGUCUUAUAGUGGCAAUAAUUUUUAUUAUAUGACUUGAAGUGACAGUUUAAAAAAGUUGAAGUUGAGUGGAAGAUUUGUAAUGUAUUUUGCACUAAAAAACGUCCACUUAACUUUCUUCAAAAAUGCCUUAAAAUUGCCUAAAAACACGAUUUAAACAUUUUUUAGGCGUGGAAGUUUGGUGGAAGAUUUUCAGUGCAAAAUACAUUACAAAUCUUCCACUCAACUUCCACUUGUAAAAACCUUAAAAAAUGAUGUUUUUAAGCCAUUUUAAGACUUUUUAAAAAUUUAAGUUAAAUGGAAGAUUUUUAGUGUAUUUUGUACUGAAAAUCUUCCACUCAAAUUUCACUUUUUUAAAGGGGCAUAACUUUGGUUCUAGUUUUCAAAGUGGCAUAAAAAUUGGUUUGAGGGCACAGAAUGGCAAAGGCUUACCAACAUACUAAACAUAGUAAUGUAAAAAGCUAUCAGUAUACGGCUUUGGUAUAUUCCACUACCUAGUAUCAUAAUAUCGACCAGUAAAAAAUUAAGUAAAUUUAUACUAUUAUAGCUUCAAUGACCCCUAUUGAUGAUAAUGCCAGAUAUGACAAUGUUAUAACAAUUUAUUGCCAUUUUUAAUAUCAUAAAGGGUAUGAUGUCUAAUGUCUUCAAAGCAAUAACACCUCUUAUUACAUUUUUACCACAGUCAAAGUAAUUAAAAAUGGUAGUGAAAAGCUUUUUAUUAUGGCAUAAUUGUGUUAUUAAUAUUUGAAAAAUUAGUUUUUAAUUUUAUAAUCAAAUUUUGAAGUUUUUUGAGAGUGGAAGUUGAACGGAAGAUUUGUAAUGUAUUUUGCACUAAAAAUCUUCCACCGAACUUCCAUUUUUAAAAUUUCUUAAAAUGGCUUAAAGACGCGUUUUUGAUCAUUUUUGGAAGUGGAAGUUGAGUGGAAGAUUUGUAAUGUAAUUUGUACUGAAAAUCUUCCACCAAACUUCCACUCCUAAAAAGUGUCAAAAAUACGUUUUUAGGCCAUUUUAAGACUAUUUAAAAUUGGAAGUUGAGUAGAAGAUUUUCAGUGCAAAAUACAUUACAAAUCUUCCAUUCAACUUUCACUACCCAAAAAAUAUCCUAGCUUACUUUCCAAGCCAAGAAACUGCCCAAAAACCAUUACAAAUCCCAAUUUCAGCGGCCAAUUCGCCUUCCACGUGGGUCUGCCAGCCAAAUCCAGUGCUUCGGGUGCCAUGUUGGUAGUGGUACCUAACCUAAUGGGUAUCUGCUUGUACUCUCCAGCAUUGGACGAGUACGGUAAUACGUGUCGUGGUGUGGAGUUCUGUAAAGAGAUGAUUUCAAGGUUUUCGCUUCACAAUUACGACUCGUUGGCUCAUUUGGACACACACAAGUUUGACCCGAGGAAAAGAGUGGGCGAGCAGGAGAGAGAUCAGGUAAAAACCGCAAUAGCUUUGUUUACAAUGGGUGGAAUGGCAAAAUUUUUGGAUAUUUUGUAUAAAAGACUCUGAGUUAUACAACGCUACUAGAAAAUUGCAAAAACUUUGUAUUGAAAGCACAAAACCACCGUUUUAAAAAGGUGGAAGUUUAGUGGAAGAUUUGUAAUGUAUUUUGCACUGAAAAUCUUCCACUUAACUUUCACUUUUCAAAUGUCCUAAAAUGGCUUAAAAAAACGUUUUUAACUGUUUUUAGAAGUGGAAGUUGAGUGGAAGAUUUUUAAUGUAUUUUGCACUGAAAAUCUUCCACUCAACUUCCAUUUUUUAAAACUUGUUAUAAUUAUGUCCACAGACUAAAAAAUGGCAAAAAAUGUGUUUUUUUCAUUUUAAAAUGUCCUUUUAACACAAAAGUUUUCUUAUAUUUCACCCUUCCGUACCCUAUUCAACCCUCUACCGUACUCUACCCCACUACCUCAAAAAUUUUUGUAAUUUAAAAAAAUUUUGAAUUUUAGGUAAUAUCUUUGUUGUUCGCUGCCAGAACCGGUGAUAUGAACACAUUGCGACGGUUGUUUAUGCAAAAGGUUGACAUGAGUAGUUCCGACUAUGACAAGAGGACAGCGUUGCAUGUUGCUGCAGCGGAAGGUCAAUUGGAUGUGGUCAAGUUUCUGGUCAAUAUUGCUAGAGUCAAGAUAGACGCCAAGGAUCGGUAAGUUCAUCCAAAUCUAUUACAUAAUAAAAGAAUGUAGUUAAGUAUGGUAAAAUACGUUCCAUGAUUCUGAACCUAUUUAACAUAGGGGCUGAGGUAGAAAGCAUACAGUAUGUCACGGGUAAGAAUACUAAAGUACUAGUAGUGUUGCAGUAGGAAGGAAGUAGAGUUUUGGUAGCAGCCAGAGUACGGUUACGGUGAAAAGUUAUAGUCAAGUUACAGUAGGAUGACAAUGCAGAGUUACGGCAAAAGGUCAAAGAGGCUAACAGUGGAAUCGUAAAGUCGGGUUACUGUACACACAAGAGUGAAUUAUGAUGUUGAGUAAACUUACUUAGUGUAGGUUACUGUAGGAAAAAAUGACAGAGGUUACAGUAGAAAAAGAAGUGCAUGAUUACGAUACGGUGUAAAGACCGUAUGGUAUGUUACAGUAGAGUAGGGUAAGGUAGGGGAGGGUAGGGUAGGGUAGGGUAGGGUUGGGUAAAGUAGGAUAGGGUAGGGUAGGGUAGGGUUGGGUAAAGUAGGAUAGGGUAGGGUAGGGUAGGGUAAAUUUUGAUUUUAUUUUUUUUAGGUGGGGCAGGACGCCGAUGGACGAUGCUGUUCAUUUCCAACACAAUCAGAUCAUUGUUGUGUUAGAAAAAGCGGCCGAAAUUACUGUAGCUACAAAUGAUAUUGCUAUGGAAAGUAAUGUAAGUGCAGUUCUUGUCAUUUUAUGUUUUGUAAAGAAAGUUCUUGCCAUUUGUUUUGUAAAGAAAGUUCUUGCCAUUUUAGUUAAGCCACAUUCAAUCCGAUGGCAAGCUGCCAGCUGACGUUAGUGUGCCAGGCUCUUCCAGUUCAUCUGAAGACGAAUUCGAAAUUGAGAUUCCAAAUGGCAAUCAAGAAAACGACGACAAUAUUCAAAUUCAUCAUCGACCAGAGGACGAAAUGGCACUAGAGAAACGACCAGACGGUACUGUAGUUGUACCAGAAGGCAGUGUACCACACUUUGAAGACUUGUCACCACUGCCGGGUACUUCUGGUACUCCUAGUCAUAGUAGCAGUAGUACUAGUGGUACUCAUCAUAGUAAGAAAAGUGAGAAGCGGGACGUUAAGUUUACAUUAGGUGACAAAAUGUGA